AUGCGAGCUUUAUGUUCAAUUCCAGCGCAACUCCUUCGCAACACUGCAAAUGCGACGAAAUUGGCGGCUACUUCGGGCAAUUUCGAACUUUGUAACAGGUUAAAAUGCACGGCAUUUUCGUUAGUGGAAGAAAAUGUGAAAAAAGGUGGGCGGAGUCAAAAUCUCCGCAGUUCAUGGAAAAGGCAGAGAUUUCGGCUCUAAGAGCGUAUUAAAGGGACACGCGGCCGUAUUGCCAUAGGUCUUUGAGACGAAUCUCUACGCAAAAACAAUUUUUCUGCGCGAAAGCGCCGCUGUGCAUGCACACGACAAACCCCUAAAAACCCAUUUUCCAGAAGAUACAAAAGCAGCGGACCCCAAAAAAUGAACUGGAAACAAGACGUCGUCUACCUCUACCAGUUCCCGAGACCGGCCACCAAGGCGCCCAGUCUUUCCCCGUUUUGCCUUAAAAUCGAGACUUUCUUGAGGGUCUACGGCAUCAAGUAUGAGGUUCCGUCUGAUUUCCCCGCUGAACUCGAAGAUUUUCCAAUUUCAAGUCGAUCUCCUCGUGGAUCACCCUGAAACAGUCGCCCCGAGGCCUUUUGCCCUUCAUUGAACUGAACGGACAGCAAAUCGCCGACUCCCAAGUCAUCGUCUGGACCCUCCAGAAGCAUUUCAAGAUUGAAGUAUGUUUUCUGGAAAUUUAAAAAAAAAAAUACUUCGAAAUAAAAUUAUAAAUUUUUUUUUGAACGGUCACUGAAUGGACUUAGGGGGAAAAAUGGUCCCUAUAGGACUUCAGGGUCUGACGCCUAGCCCCUAAAGCUCGAGUGUUCUCUAUAGAAAUCUUUCAAUUUCAUUCAAAACACAUUAUUUAUUUAGUUUUUCGAAGGAAAAUGCUUCUUCUCAUAAAGUUUAUACAAUUGUCGAUUAGCAUGUCUCCUUUAGUGGCCCCUAUAGGGUUGGUAAAGUGAUCUCUAGAGGGGACCGUCCAAGGACCGCUAAAGCUGUCCCUAUAGGGACCACUCUGAAAUUCCAAAGGGUGAGGCCAGUUUUUUUCGUAUUUUUUUCAUAGUAAAAAUUAUUAUUUUAAUGAUGAGAUUCGGAAAAAAAUUAUAUGAUAAGUGUGUUUUUGAAGAGCGGAAUCGCUUCUUUGAAAAAAACCAAGAAGUUUAUUCAGAAUCAGAGAAAUUCAGAUAGAUUAAGUUCCACUUGGAAAGAUUCGUGAUAGCAAAAAAAUAUAAAAUAUUGAAAAAAAUUCUCGUUUUUACUUUUUUUCAGACAAAAAGUUUUUUUCCGAUUAUUAAAGACUUCGGUCUCUUCACUAUCAAAAAGCCUAAAUUUUAUUCAAAUUUUGAAUCAUUUUAGGGCCUUACUAAAACUAUUUACUUCAUGAUCUUAGGAUAGUCUCAAAGGCGAAGAGCGAGGAACGGCGCGAGCCCUUGAACGAAUGAUCGAUUUGUCGACAAAUUAGUUGGUUUUCAUCCGAUUUCCGCAAAACAAUAAUAAUUUCAGCGCUUUACUCGUCGACAAAACUGUCAACAAUGCGCAUUUGUUGUUGAGUCGAUCGGUAUGGUUGAAAAAAACCUAAAUUGUAUCUCUAUUCUUUUCAGGUGAGCGGAGCACCAUUGCCGGGAUUCCUUACCAACAUAUUUGCCAAACGAUUCAGUGAAAUUGUGAGUGUAAAAAUAAGGAAAAUGUUUCUCAAAAAGGCAUUUUUCAAAUUUUCGCGUAAAGUGAAAUGCUUCGUGUGCAUUUUACUUUUACACCGUCGCGCAAAAUUGCAUACUCAAAAAAAUUUUUUUGCUCCAUUUUUUUCGACUUUUUUUGUUCUUAUUUUUUUAUUUUUUUCGAGGAAUUUAUGAGAAUUUCUCUUUUUUAAUUUUCUUAUCUAAUAUUCUAAUGUUUCGUUUUGAAGGCUCGAAAACGCGUCAACGGCGUUUUGGGAAGUUUGAGCAAGGAAGAGCUGAAAAUCCUGUUGCGGAAAGAUAUCCAGGCCAUCGACGACGUUUUAGGCGACAAAAAAUUCUUGUUUGGAGACCGAAUUACCUCGGUUAGUUUUUUUUUUGCUGUCCUUGCAGUUUUGUGGGAAAAUAGUUGAACAUUUCAGUCAUACGAAUAUUUUUCAAAAUGGUCGAAAAAAAAUUUCGAAAAAAGUUUUUUUUAAUGGAAUUUUAAUAUAAAAAAAUCUGAAAAUUUUUUUCUGAAAUUGAGGCACAAUUUUUUUAUUAAUGUCCUGUAUUAAACGUGAAAAACAGGUUCACCGACAUAUAACGACUAUGAAAGUCUUUGAUUCAGGCAAACUUUGUUUUUUGUACGCCCUUUGGAAGAAAAAUUUGGAGCACUGAGAAAAAUUGGAACGUUUUUUUUUUCAUUAUAUGUUUCAUUUCAUCCAAUUUUUGGAACAUCCUAAUUUAGACGGACUGUUCGGUAUUCGGCCAACUUGGAGCCACAUUCUACCUUCCUUACCGCCAAGAGAUCACCGACCUUCUGGAAGACGAUUUUCCACGCGUCCGUCACUACCUCGACCGCAUCCGCUCGCAUUACUAUCCCGAGUGGAAGGACGAGUAA